AUGUUGUCCUAGAUCAGUGUCCGUGUGACCAUCAUGGAUGCAGAGCUGGAGUUUGCCAUCCAGCCCAACACCACUGGCAAGUAGCUGUUUGACCAGGUGGUGAAAACUAUUGGCCUGAGGGAAGUUUGGUUCUUUGGUCUACAGUACCAGGACACUAAGGGUUUCUCCACCUGGCUAAAACUCAAUAAAAAGGUUACAGCCCAGAAUGUAUGGAAAGAAAGCACCCUGCUCUUCAAGUUCUGGGCCAAGUUCUACCCUGAGGAUGUAUCUGAGGAAUUGAUCUAGGACAUCACCCAGCGUCUCUUCUUCCUGCAAGUGAAGGAGGGCAUUCUCAAUGAUGAUAUAUACUGCCCACCUGAGACUGCUGUGCUGCUGGCCUCCUAUGCUGUCCAGUCCAAGUACGGUGACUUCAAUAAGGAGGUUCACAAGUCUGGCUACUUGGCUGGGGACAAGUUGCUUCCACAGAGGGUCCUGGAGCAACACAAACUCAGCAAGGACCAGUGGGAGAAGCGCAUCCAGGUGUGGCACGAGGAGCACCGGGGUAUGCUCAGGGAGGAUACUGUUCUGGAGUAUCUGAAGAUUGCCAAGGACUUGAAGAUGUAUGGUGUAAACUACUUCAGCAUCAAGAACAAGAAAGGCUCAGAGCUGUGGCUUGGGGUAGAUGCCCUGGGUCUCAACAUCUAUGAGCAGAAUGAUAGAUUGACUCCCAAGAUAGGUUUCCCCUGGAGUGAAAUCAGAAACAUCUCUUUCAAUGACAAGAAAUUUGUCAUUAAGCCCAUCGACAAAAAAGCCCCGGACUUCGUCUUCUAUGCACCCUGGCUGAGGAUUAACAAACAGAUCUUGGCCCUGUGCAUGGGGAACCAUGAGCUAUACAUGCACCGCUGCAAGCCUGACACCAUUGAGGUGCAGCAGAUGAAGGCACAAGCCCGGGAGGAAAAGCACCAGAAGCAGAUGGAGUGUGCUCUGCUGGAAAAUGAGAAGAAGAAGCGUGAGAUGGCAGAAAAGGAUAAGGAAAAGAUUGAAUGAGAGAAGGAAGAACCGAUGGAGAGGUUGAAGCAGAUCGAGGAACAGACUAAGAAGGCUCAGCAAGAAUUGGAAGAACAGACCUGCAGGGCCCUCGAACUUGAGCAGGAGUGGAAGCGUGCACAGAGCGAGGCUGAAAAGUUGGCCAAGGAAUGCCGAGAAGCUGAAGAGGCCAAAGAGGCCCUCCUGCAGGCCUCUCAGGAUCAAAAGAAGACCCAGGAACAACUGGCCUUGGAAAUGGCAGAGCUGAUAGCUCGGAUCUCUCAACUGGAGAUGGCCCAACAGAAGAAGGAGAGUGAGGCUGUGGAGUGGCAGCAGAAGGCCCAGAUGAUACAAGAGGACUUGGAGAAUGCUGAGCUGAAGACUGCCAUGAGUACACCUCAUGUAGCAGAGCCUGCAGAGAAUGAGCAGGAUGAACAUGAUGAGAAUGGGGCAGAGGCCAGUGCUGACCUCCGGGCUGAUGCCACAGCCAAGGAUCGCAGUGAGGAGGAACGUACCACUGAGGCAGAGAAGAAUGAGCAUGUACAGAAGCACCUGAAGGCCCUCACUUCAGAGCUGGCCAAUGCCCGUGAUGAGUCUAAGAAGACUACCAAUGACAUGUUCCAUGCUGAGAACAUACAGCUGGGCCGAGACAAAUACAAGACGCUGCGCCAGAUCCGUCAGGGCAACACCAAGCAGUGCAUUGAUGAAUUUGAGUCAAUGUAAUGGGCACCCAGCCUCUAGGGACCCCUCCUCCCUUCUUCCUUCCCCUCACUCUCCUAUACUCUUGCCUAACUCACACUGUGCUGGAGCCACUAACUAGAGCAGCCCUGAAGUCAUGCCAAGCAAUUCAGUGCAGCCAUGGGACCAAACAUAGCCCUUCAGUCCCCACCUACUUCCUGGGCAGAGAAAUGGUCCACUGUGGUGCUGAUGGGACCCCUUUCCCCUUUCUGCCCCCUUUAAUUUCAUCUGCUAGGACAGACCACUUCCCCAGCUUACAGGCAUUUCCUACUUGAUUUGGGAAACACCUCCACACUUACUGUUGUCCCAAGGGAGUCAAGGGUAGGGGAGGUUGAAGCUAAGACCCCUUCCCCUGCCCCACCACUGCCUUGAUCUUUAGAGUCCUGUGACAGCGUUUAGUGAAGGAAAUGGCCCUGGCUGUGUGCUCUAGGGUGUCUACUGACCUAGUGCUGUUUAGGCUUUUUAAUGAUUGGAGGGUAACGAGAUGUUUAGUCAUUCCAGUUUCUAACCCCUAGAACGGGCCUGUUACAAACUCAGUCCCAUUUAACCUUGGCCCUGAGUUCAGGGACUUGGUUUCUCCCUAAUAUUGAGUGGGGGGGAUGGUGCUUUCAUGGGGCUUCUCCAACAUCCCAGGCCUUUGGCCCUUCUAUUCAGGCAAGGCUGGGUAGAAGACCCUGCCCCAGUGCCUUGUGGGAGCUCAACCUAUCUCCAGUGAACUCCAUGAACUUAUCGCAGUGCCCUGGGCUGACUCUUCCCUUCUCUGGAUCUGCCCAAAUUCUUAAAGCCAAUCCAACUUGAACAGUAGGGAUGGGUACUCAAGAGCCCAGCCAGUCCCAUCCAAGGCUCUUGCCGAAUGAGAGGAAGUGUUCACACCUGGCUUCAGUAUUUCCUGCCAGUGGUCCCAAGCUACUUCCCCUGUGAGAGCUACUUGGACCAUAGCCCCUGAGUCAAUGCCAUCCAGGCCUUGGUAUGGUGAGUCCUAGAGCUUGACAGCAAUUGGCUUAAUUGGUGGGUAGGUGGAAGGAAGCUGAGUGUGGUAAGAGAAGCCCUUGUCCCUGAUCCCACAAGGUGGUGACUGGGCCCUGCCUCUGUUUGAUAAACCUCCAACCCAGAUCUUGCCACCAGCUGUGCUGUGCCUUGGAGCUAUAAACCAGAGAGCUGCUAGGGGCUCUGUCGCUUCCUUCCAACCCCCCAACCCUGGCCCUUAACCCAGGAGCAGCCUUCUCCUCUUCUGUGUCUCAUGUGUGCCCUUUUUCUGUCUACCAGUAUUAUAUAUUUCAGUGGUAUCUAACAAAAUACUGAUUUCUACCUUUUCUUGCUGAUGCACCAUUAGAAGAUAUUAGUCUUGGAGCAGGAUCAUUUUGGCCUCAUUCCCUUACCAAUCCCACACUUGGGAAGUAUAUACUGCAUUAUAAAAGGAUAUUUUGCCAGAAAUAUUAAUGCAAGAAGCUUACAGUAUUAGUGAUGUCCCUUGUCACUAUAGGUCAUGCAUGCCAUUCUUAAGUUCUUGAUACUUGUUUUUCCUGUUCCUAUCUGCAUUCUCCCCAGGGCUCAGUCUCCAUGUGACUGCUCUGUCACUCCAUGCAGGUCCCCUAGCCUAGAGCCCACUGGCCUUGCUCUGUUCCACCAUCCCUUCCUGCCUGACCUUGGGGAAUCUUGUGUGCAUUGCUGUGAACUAUAUUGACACUCUUUUGGUGAUAUGCCCUAUAUUGGCUAAAUUCAAACCCAGAAUUUGUAGGGCAACCUAGCUACCUUAGGAGCAGUAACUCACCCCCAGGGAUGCUGGGGAGAAAGGUUAUAUUUUGUAUUCAGGGUUUUUUGUGAGUGAUUUUGGGGUUUUUAAAAAAUUGUUUUUGGAGGGGUUUAUGCACAACCCUUGGUCUGUUUCAGUGCCAAUAAAGUUUAGGAAGACUUUCCCCA